CAAAUUAAUCAGGUGACGUGAAAAAAGAGUCCAAAGCAACGGGAGAGAGAAGGUCGUCUCCCCUAUAAUCCCUCCGUCUUCUCCAAAACCCCACAUUUUUACUUUAAUCUGCUUUGUAAAAGUCAGUCAGUCAAUCAAUCGAGAGUCCAUGGCUUCUUAUGAUCAUCCACACCAACCUCCUACUACUGCCUCCCCCUUCACAAAGGGCGGUGGUGGCGAGAUUGACGACGGUGCACCAGAAGAAGAGCAUCUUCUGCUGCAUCAGAAUGGGGAACAACAGCAACAACGCCUCCAAUGCGACAAUUAUUCCGUACUUGCUGCAAUCCUUCCGUUUCUGUUCCCAGCUUUUGGAGGAUUGCUAUAUGGCUAUGAUAUUGGUGCCACAUCAUCUGCUACAAUAUCUAUACAGUCGCCCUCUUUAAGCGGAAUUUCAUGGUAUGAUUUGUCUUCUGUGGAAGUUGGCCUCAUAACUAGUGGCUCCCUGUAUGGUGCAUUGGCUGGCUCUGUUUUGGCUUUUAAUGUUGCUGACUUCCUAGGAAGAAGAAGGGAGUUGAUAUUUUCUUCAUUAUUGUAUCUUUUGGGAGCUUUAGUCACAGCAUUGGCACCCAACUUUGUUGUCUUGGUCAUUGGAAGGCUCGUGUAUGGCAUUGGAAUCGGUUUGGCCAUGCAUGCUGCCCCAAUGUACAUUGCUGAAACAGCUCCAAGCCAGAUACGGGGACGACUCAUUUCUCUGAAAGAGUUCUUCAUAGUCAUGGGAAUGCUGUUUGGUUAUGUUGUUGGUAGCCUCUUGGUUGAAGCAAUUUCUGGAUGGCGUUACAUGUAUGGGGUUAGUAUCCCUUUGGCUCUUAUAAUGGCUAUUGGAAUGUGGUGGUUGCCUGCAUCACCAAGAUGGAUUCUGCUAAGAGCCAUACAGGGCAAGGGGAAAUUGCAUGAUUUAAGAGAAAUUGCUAUAAGUAGCUUGUGCUGGCUUAGAGGAAGGGCUAUUGGGGAUUCGGCUUCUCAGCAAGUGGAUGAAAUUCUGUCUGAGCUUUCUCAACUUAGUGAAGAGAAAGAAGCUACAAUAGCGGAGAUGUUCCAGGGGAAAUGCUUGAAAGCUCUUUCAAUCGGUGCUGGAUUAGUCUUGUUCCAACAGAUUACGGGACAACCUAGUGUUCUGUACUAUGCUGCCACUAUUUUUGAGACUGCAGGGUUUUCUGCUGCAUCUGAUGCUACGACGGCCUCAAUAUAUCUGGCAUUGUUGAAGCUAAUUAUGACUGCAGUAGCUGUACUGGUGAUUGAUAGAGUUGGUAGAAGACCUCUGCUACUUGGUGGUGUCUCUGGAAUGGUAAUAUCCCUCUUUCUUUUGGGAUCAUAUUACACAUUCUUGGAUGAUGUACCUGCCGUGGCUGUUGUUGGGCUGCUGUUGUAUGUCGGAUGCUAUCAGUUAUCAUUUGGUCCAAUAGGUUGGUUAAUGAUUUCAGAGAUUUUCCCUUUACGCUCAAGAGGGCGAGGAUUGAGUAUAGCAGUUCUGGUGAAUUUCGGCGCAAAUGCACUGGUGACAUUUGCAUUUUCUCCUCUCGAGGAUUUGGUAGGAGCUGGCGUUGUGUUUUUCAUAUUUGGAGGCAUUGCUGUUUUAUCGGUCAUAUUCAUCUUCUUUGUGGUACCGGAGACAAAAGGACUCACUCUGGAGGAAAUUGAGGCCAAACUCUUAUAGGAGGGAUUCAUUCUGCAGCCUAACCUGAGGCUCGGUUGCUUGACAAAGCAGUGAUGUGAUACAUAAUAUAAUAGCUUCGUGCCUGUGCCUGUGUCUGUAUCUGUGUACACGCGUGGUGGUGACGUAUAUAUAUUUAUCUUUAACUCUCAGUAGAAGUAGGAUUCAGAUAAGUGAUGCCAAGAUGGAAGAAGCAGCUGCUGCUAUGCUAUGUGUGGGUGUAUUUGAAUGAAUGAGAGUUGAGCUAGGUACUUGGAUGUAUUACAUGUUACGCGUAAGAUAUUGAAAUUAUGAGUGUGUUUGGACAGCCAAUUAUUUGGCCAAAUAUAUUUGCUGACAUCACCAUUACAA